AUGUCUGCUGCUGUCAAGAACGCCGAAUCAGGCCCCAAGGGCGGCCCCGUCAGCGGGAAGGGCGGCCGCGCCGUGGUGGGCGGCGCAGCGCCUGCGUCGCUUGUUGACGUGUUCCCACUGUGGGAGGCUGCGGCCAAUGAGAAGGAGGCACCAGGUGUGAUGUCUGCCAAGAUACGGGGCAUCGUGCCGGCCGACAAGUACGAAGACCCCUUGGGCCUGGCGCUGCCCCCGGCAUCACUGCCAUUUUUGGAUGCCUGGAAGCGCCCGGAUGAGCUGGUGCAGGGCGCUCCCAGCGUGCCAGUUGUGCUGCUGCGACCAGCAGCUGAUGGUGGAGUUAUCAGUGCCGGCACCGCCAUGGCCGGUGGUAGCAGCGGCGGCUUGGUGGACAAGAAAGGUGGAAGUGGCAAGCCCGCUGUUCCAAGCGCUGCAGUGGCCAACCGCGACAUGGAGGGGCGGCUUUAUGCAGGCCACGAGAGCUUUGACUGGCUGCUUGCCGUCAUCAACGCCGUCACAGCAGCAGAGCGCAACCUGAGACGGGGUGACUACUUAUGGGAGCUCAUCGCAAGCGGCCAGAAGGAGAAGGACGGCCCGCUGACACGCAGUGCGUCCGGCCGUUACCGCGUGAAGCUGUGGAUACUGGACGCGUGGCGCGCGGUGACAGUUGACGACCGCAUCCCAGUUGACCUGUUUGGGCGGCCACUGCUGGUGGGUGCGCGGCCCCUGCAGCUGUGGCCGCUGCUGUUGUGCAAGGCUGUGCUCAAGGUCAUGGCCACCUUCCGUGUGCUCCACCUGGGCCUACCACACCAGGUAGCUGCAUUCACAAUGCUGACGGGCUGGGCGCAGGAGGACCUGGUGGACAAGCUCUCGGGUCUGCCUGCUGAAGGCGGCUUCCUGUUGGACCGCCUCGAGGAUGCCCUGGGCUGGGGCAGCCUGCUGCCAAAUUUCCCACCUGCCACGCUCGCCCCGCCGCCCCCGCUCACGCCGCCGGCCGGUGGUGCUGGCGGCGGUCGAGCGGCCAUGGCGGCCGCUGCUGCAGCGGUCACACCUGCAGUAGCUGAUGCGACGGGUGCAGCUGCGUGGCAGCAGCAGCCAGCAAUUGUGACAUGCUGCCUCAAGCGCCGCAGCAAGCCGGAUCGCAACCCGCCGCGUAUAGUGGUGCUGUGCGGGCCUGGAGCUGUGGGGCGUGGGCGGCUGGCACGGCAGCUGGUAGCGGACUACCCUGACCGCUUUGGCAUGACGAUCAGCAGCACCACGCGGCUUCCCAGGGAGCACGAGGUGGACGGCAGGGAUUACUACUUCACAAACAAGCGGUCUCUGCUGGCAAGGGUCAGGGCGAGCGACUUCCUCGAGGCAGCCCGCGUUGACACGGUGCCUGGUGCCGCUUGUGCUGCCACCAGCUCGCACUGGUUUGGAAGCAGUCUGGCCACCCUGCGAGAGGUGGCAGCCACGGGCCGCCUGUGUGUCAUGAGGCUUGAUCUGCAGGGCGCACAGGCCUUGCGCUCCAACCCGCGCAUCGACGGCCUCUACGUCUACGUUACAACCUCCUCGCCUGAGGUGCUGGAGCAUCGGCAACGUGCACGGCUGAAAGAGGCGGAAAGCACUGUGGCCAAGCGCCUGGCAUGGUCCAAGGCGCAGUGCACGCGGCCGUCUGAGGCAAGGGGCGUGUUUGACCAUGUUGUCAUCAACGCCGACGACCAGGGGCAGGUGUAUGCUGCGCUCAAAGAGGCCAUCAGUGGCCUGAGCCCCGUCAUCCGCAACCGCCUGAGGGGCCUGCCCGCCUAUGUCUUGGACUACUCUGACCUCAUAGCACCAAACAGGUUACAUCCUGAUGGCUUCUAG